CCCCCCAAUUCAAAGUUACCAAAACUAAUGACUACUUUGUAUAAUAAAGAAAAAUACGUCAUACACUAUCGCAAUUUAAAACAGGCUCUCAAAAACGGUCUCGUACUAAAGAAAAUUCACAAAAUAUUAAAAUUUAACCAAUCUCGUUGGUUGAAAUGUUAUAUCGAUCAUAAUAAUAAAUUAAGAACCCAAGCAAAGACAAAAUUUGGUAUAAAUUUAUACAAAUUGUUUAAUAAUGCCGCUUACGGUAAAACAAUGGAAAACAUUCGCAAGCAUCGUAUUGUUAAAUUUGUUAAAGCGUGGGAUGGUCGCUACGGUGCGAAAAAUUUAAUUUCUAGUCCUAGAUUUCACAGUAGAACCAUACUUGAUAACAAUUUGUUGCUUAUAGAAUUAAAAAAAUCGGAACUUUGCUUUAAUAAGCCACUUUAUAUUGGAAUGUCCAUAUUGGAUUUGUCGAAAACGACCAUGUACGAGUUUCAUUAUAAUUACAUGCUUCCAAAUUUGGGUCCCGAAAAAUGUAAAAUUCAAUACAUGGAUACGGACAGUUUCAUUUAUAAUAUCAAAUGUUAUGACGCAUAUGAAAGCGUUAUUAAGGCCGAUUUAACAAAAUUUGACACGUCUGAUUAUCCUAAUGACAAUCCCUAUAAUAUACCGCAAAUCAACAAAAAGGUUUUGGGGUUGAUGAAGGAUGAGACUAAUGGCACCAUCAUUAGUCAUUAUGCUGGGUUAAGGUCGAAAAUGUAUACUUUCAAAAUUUUAACGGGUUCGGUAGUUAAAAAGUCAAAGGGUAUUCAGUACAAUAUUGUAAAAAAUAAAAUUUCAUUUGAUGACUACGUAGAAUGCUUAACAAAUUUUAGGGAAAAGUACGCCACUCAACGAACCAUUCGUUCAUACACUCACAAUGUAUUUAGCAUCGAACAAACAAAAGUUGCCUUGAGUCCUUUAGACGAUAAACGUUAUCUUUUGCCGAAUUCAUAUGAAACGCUUCCGUGGGGACAUUAUAAAGUGCCGUAAUUAUUUUUUAAUAUAUUUUUGUUACAGAUUAUGGUCAAACAACUUACAUUAGAAAGCCUUUGUAUUAUAACAAUUUGCGAAAAUAUUAGGUGUAGUGCUGAUUUUUUGCAUGGAGGUACCUUAAACAACUAGCGCUCCAGUCUGAUGGCAAUUCUUUAUUAAAUUUAGAAUUCAUUCUGUUGAAUAAGAGAUUUGGAUCGUCUUACAGAAAUAGCAUUUUGGCAACUCCAACCAUUGAUUUUG